UUGCCUCCAUUUAGGUGUUUGAAUCGAUGCACUUAUUGUAAAACACGUCAAGCUCGAGGGAAUCUGAUCAGUUACCAAUUGGAAGAUAUCGUUAAUCAGGCGCGGACUGCUUUCAGAGAAGGCGUUAAAGAAAUAUGGCUCACUUCUGAAGACUUGGGCGCCUACGGGCGCGACAUUGGCCUGACACUGCCAGAUCUUUUGCAGGCAUUGGUGGACGUUAUUCCCGAUGGCUGCAUGAUGCGACUCGGAAUGACAAAUCCGCCAUACAUUUUGGACUAUUUGGACGAGAUAUGCGCCGUGUUGUUGCAUCCUCGUGUCUACUCGUUCCUGCAUAUUCCGGUGCAGAGCGGAAGCGAUGCGGUUCUCUCUGCCAUGCGCAGGGAAUAUACGGCCGGCGACUUUGAAAGGGUUGUCGACGUUGAUUUCGAGGAAACCGUCAGGCUGGUUAAGAAGUAUCGUUUUCCCGUUCUUUUCGUGAAUCAAUUUUACCCGCGACCCGGAACUGUCGCUGCAAAGAUGAAGCGUAUCGACGGAAAAACGGUUGUUGUUCUUUACUAUUACACCUUGUUGUAUUGUUCGUUGGUUAUGGAAUUCGUUUGCGUGGUCAUUGUGUUUAUACCAGGAACGUAAAU